ACACAAUCACAUUAUACAAAACAACAUCAAUCUUCCUCCUUCAAACUUGGAUAUGAGUUUGUAGAAUUGUUAGUUAGGAAAAAAUCCUAAUAUUGAUAUAAAGUUGGCAAAUAUGAUCCAAACUGGUAAAUUAGGACCUGAAAAUAAUCAAGAGAUGAUAGUAAUGAAAAUCUAUGGUGCUGAUUUUUAGAUUAUUUUCCAAGUAUACAGUAGUACUCAGUUUGUCCUAGAACUUGAAGCAAGCCUUCUGCAGUGACUAAUUGGAAACUUAGUGUAUUUUAGGGUUUUCUUAAAAAUCAUCCAUUAUGUCACUAGCAAAAGCAGGAAAAAAAUAGUCAAGUUAAAUGUGCUGGUUAGGCAUUUCUCCAACUAAAUUAUUCUGUGAUCGAAAUAACAUUUGUGUCCUCACAUCCCGGAAACUUAACAACACUUUAAUCUGUGUGAACUCUUAAUAACGAUAAGAACUUCAGCGUUAGACUGAGUGGUGAUAGUGGUAAUGGUCAUGUCCAAAUGGAGAAUUUCCCACGGACCUUUGUAGCAAACAAUGAAGAGAACCUUUUCUGUUCGUUCUGCUUCCUGUGAGCAAAUAUUCUAUUCCUCAUGGUCUGUAACAAAAUCAUUCCAAGCACAGGGUAGCUAAAACAAAAAUACAUUUAUCUCUAGUAAUAUUUACCCUACCUGUAAUGCGUUAUUACCUAUUUUGUUCUAUUUCCAAACAGGACCUGCUGUUUGUUCUCUUCUGUACAGAAUGAAAGACCAACCUGGUCAAACUAUCAGCUUUGAGCAAAAGACGUAGGAUAUAUGUCAUGUGGUAUAUUUAUUGUGCAGUUCAGCUCUGGAAGCAUUGUUGAAAUUAUUGCUUCUUAUUUGCUGUUCCAAACUGAAAUCAAAAAUGUAAUUAGCUGCCAGCUUUCUUUGAACAGGUAUGCUUCCUAUUUAAAAUAAUGUAUUAGUUGCUUGUAAUGAGCUAUAGUCAGAGUUUUUGAGAACUGAGUUCUUUUUGACUUGGUCAGGCCAGCCCCUUCUCACUUUAUUUGUUCCCCUGUCUGAUAGCAUUUACAGUAAAGUCAAGAGAGGUUCCUAAAUUCAUAAUAAGUUCUGGGGGAAUCUUGUUAACUUUUUCUUGAUGUUUCCAGGGAAAUGUGAGAUAAAGCAAAUGAAUAUGCAUAUGAUAUGUUGCUGUGUGCUCUUCUUGCACUCUUCUUUCACUGCCUUUUUUUUUAUCAAUUUAUUUUUUUAUUUAAUAUAUUAAUCUGUGUGUGUAUCAGAGUAUCUUUGUAUCUCUGAAACAGUUCUUUCUCAAAUAUCUAAUCGCAGCAGAAACUAGGAAUGGUUUUCACACUGUUCUGUAGAAAGUACACUGUGGAGGAAGCAGUAACUACUUUAUUAGAAUAAUGAAAGAGUUCCAAAUGCAUUGUAGUACACGAGGCAGAAAGUCAAAGCUUCUCUGACAGCCAGUUUCCUUUUGUAUCAUGAGAACAGAGAAACUGCUGCAAUGUACCAGACUAAGGGGCUGCCUAGCCUGGUAUCCUGUUCCAACAGUGGCCUGCUGUGAGCAGGAGCUCCAGGAAUAGCAAAAAUAAGGCAAGCAUAUGUUAUCUUACAUAACAAUUUCUAUUUCUAGUGUUUGGUCCAUUUAGACCAUUAAGAUCUUUAAGUUCUACUUCUCUUUUCUCCCAGGACUGCCUGGUAUCAGUGUAGAGUGAGUUCCUUCUUAUGAAGACGGCUAGCGCUCAACAUUGAAUAGUAUCAAAAGUGCUGCCAAAACAGAUCAGGAUGGGUUUUCAGUCCCUAAAACUGGAACAAGGGGGGACUCUGUGGCCAUUCUUCCAAACAGAGAACAAUCCAGGUGGAGGACUUGGAGGAAUUCUGGAAAUAUAAGGUCAUAUCCCAGUGCUUACACAUAUCAUAUGUGAGAGAAGCAAGCACAAUGUGCAAAGGUGAUGUGUUUUCCCAGCUCAGCAGUCUAAGGUGAUACCAGUGGAGGAGUGCAACUGUGCAAUAUAACCUGGUCUGAUCUGGAAGGGCAGAAUUUCCAUAAAGAGGAUCACUGCUUUGUAUUGCAGCUCUGGAACUGGUAACAACUGUAUUGCCUUUCCUUCCAUCAAUGAGGGACUGAUGAAUUGGGAUGCUCUCUUCUCGGUAAAACUCAUUUCUAGAUUUUUAUUUUUUAAAACUCCCCACUUAGAACUGCAGUGUCAAAUUUGUUACAUACUGAUCCCUUCGUUACAAUGACAAAGUAAUGGUUUCAGUGUGCAAAAGUAAUACAGCUGCUUUUAUUUGGUUUUGGAAGCUCUUGAGCUUCCUCUCCCAUGAGUCUCAUGAUAAUAUGUCUUGUAUUUAUGAUGGAUUAAUGUGAGACUUCUGAAAGGUCCUUUCAAGAUGGGAAAGGCAGCCUCAUUUUGGGGCAGAGCAGAGGCAGCUCAUCUCAGAGAUGUACUGUCUUACACAUCAAAAGAGCAGAGAUGAGAACAUACAAGAGACUAAAAGCCCUCAACUGGGAGGAGUUAGAUAAACACUCACCAAUAACCUGCCUACGUUAAACCUUUUCCAGAAUGCCUGAGUCUGAGAUAACAAGAGCUAUAAAGCGUGAGCAGCUAGCAGGGCACCAGACUGAACUGUCCACAGCUCACUGAAGGGUUGCGGGCCAAGUCUGAAGAGGUGCUUUUAGAAGGAAUCAGUAUGGAGCCUGAGGAGUACAGACGGAGAGGGAAAGAGAUGGUGGAUUACAUUUGCCAGUACCUGAGCAAUGUGAGAGAGAGACGGGUGAUUCCUGAUGUACAGCCAGGUUACAUGAGAGCUCAGUUGCCGGAUUCUGCCCCGAUGGACCCAGACAGCUGGGACAACAUCUUUGGAGAUAUAGAGAAGAUUAUUAUGCCUGGGGUUGUCCAUUGGCAAAGUCCGCACAUGCAUGCCUACUUUCCAGCUCUUACUUCUUGGCCUUCACUCCUCGGAGAUAUGUUGGCUGAUGCAAUUAACUGCUUGGGAUUCACAUGGGCCUCCAGUCCAGCCUGUACAGAACUGGAAAUGAAUGUGAUGGAUUGGUUGGCUAAAAUGCUGGGCCUUCCAGAUAAAUUCCUGCACCACCAUCCUGACAGUGUGGGUGGAGGAGUAUUACAGAGCACUGUGAGUGAAUCAACAUUGGUUGCACUGCUGGCAGCAAGGAAAAACAAAAUUCUGGAGAUGAAGCUUUCUGAGCCAGACGCUGAUGAGUCCUUGCUCAAUUCUCGUCUCAUCGCAUAUGCAUCUGAUCAAGCACAUUCUUCUGUAGAAAAAGCUGGCUUGAUUUCUCUUGUGAAGAUGAAAUUUCUGCCUGUGGAUGAGAACUUUUCCCUUAGAGGUGAAACUCUGAAAAAAGCCAUUGCAGAAGACAGAAAGAAAGGCCUAGUGCCCAUCUUUGUUUGUGCAACUUUGGGUACAACUGGUGUCUGUGCUUUUGACAAUCUCUCAGAACUGGGCCCAAUUUGUGAUGCUGAGGGACUCUGGCUUCACAUUGAUGCUGCGUAUGCAGGAACAGCAUUUGUGUGUCCUGAAUUUCGAUUGUUCUUGGAUGGAAUUGAGUAUGCAGAUUCCUUUACUUUUAACCCUUCAAAAUGGAUGAUGGUUCAUUUUGACUGCACUGGAUUUUGGGUUAAAGAUAAAUACAAGUUACAUCAAACCUUCAGUGUUAACCCUGUCUACCUCAGACAUCCCAAUUCAGGAGCUGCUGUUGAUUUUAUGCACUGGCAAAUUCCAUUGAGUCGUCGAUUUCGUUCUUUGAAGCUGUGGUUUGUGAUUCGUUCAUUUGGGGUGAAAAAGCUUCAAGCUCACAUCCGGCAUGGUACUGAAACAGCCAAAUUCUUCGAAUCUUUGGUUGAAAGUGAUCCACUCUUUGAAAUUCCUGCCAAGAGACAUCUUGGAUUGGUUGUAUUUCGUUUAAAGGGUCCCAACUGGCUGACAGAAAAACUCCUGAAAGAACUAAGCAGUUCUGGCAAGCUCUUCCUUGUUCCAGCAACCAUUCGUGACAAGUUCAUCAUUCGCUUUACUGUAACAUCUCAGUUCACAACUAGGGAAGAUAUUCUGCAAGACUGGAACAUCAUUCAACAUACUGCAGCCCAAAUCAUUAGCCAGCAUUAUGGGUUACACCACAUCAGUUCUGGUGAUGAGGCAAGAAUCCCUAAUAUGGUAAUGGAGCAUAAUUCUGAUGUUAUCAGUAAUGCUUCUCAGCUGUAUGUAGAGGAAGAAAAAUAUAAAACUCCUUCCAGAAAAAUAGUAGUUCAACCUAAGAAAGUAGCAGUGAGUUACAAUACAUGUGUGAUCAGUCAGCAAGUGAAAGGUCAAGGGGACCCUCUAGAUGACUGUUUUCCAGAAGAUGCGCAAGAUGUUACCAAACAUAAGUUAACCUCUUUCUUAUUCAGUUAUUUAUCUGUUCAAGGCAAGAAAAAGACAGCACGUUCCCUUAGCUGCAACAGUGUCCCGGUGACUGGUCUUCUUGAACAAUGUAACCCCAAAGCAGCAGCCACUGACAAGAAAGAGUCUCAUGCAAAUGCUAGAAUCCUUUCCAGGCUGCCGGAAGAGGUGAUGAUGCUCAAAAAAAGUGCCUUCAAAAAAUUAAUUAAGUUCUACAGUGUCCCAAACUUUCCAGAGUGUAGCAUCCAGUGUGGCCUUCAGCUGCCUUGUUGUCCUCUGCAAGCCAUUGUUUAACAAGUAAAAGAUUGGUGCUUAAGAGCUCCCCAGGUAGAAGGAGAACCAAAGUUUGCUUAUUCAUAUGCAAUACUACGUGUUAUUUUGUUCAAUAUGUAAGCAGUGGUAAUGACCACCGAGAAAAUUCUUGUGCUUUUACUGGAGUAAAACCUUGUGUAUUUAUAGAUUAAAAUGUCAAAUAAAUCUUGUAGACAUGUAACAUUAAACUCUCUGGUUUGUAGACUAUAGUAAAGAAAACGCAAACUUC